ACGCGUCUGGGGCCGAUGGUGUUUAUGCGAUUCCGCCCUCAGCCAAUCUUCUCCUCCCUCUGCCGACUCCCGAAACCCGCCAGAACCCUAGCCGCGCCACCCCUCGCCGCCGCGCGCCGCCGCUUCCCCGCAGCUCCCCUCUCCUCCUCCUGCUCCCACAUGGCGUCCGCGUCGCCCUCGGAGGACGCGCUGCGGCGCGCGCUGGCGGAGCGGCAGGCGGCCGUGGACGCGCAGGCGGAGGCCGUGCGGGCGCUCAAGGCCUCCGGCGCGCAGGCCGGCGUGGACGCCGCCGUUGAGGCGCUAAAGGCGCUCAAGGUGGAGGCCGGCGCCGCCGCGCGCAGGCUGCAGGCCGCCGUCGGGUCCGGCGGCGGCGCCGCCAGGGAGGAGCUGCGGCAGGUGAUUGUGAACACGCUCGAGCGGAAGCUGUUUUACAUCCCUUCCUUCAAGAUCUACCGCGGCGUCGCCGGGCUGUACGACUAUGGUCCACCCGGGUGCGCCGUCAAGUCCAACGUCCUCGCCUCCUGGAGACAGCAUUUUGUCUUGGAGGAGAACAUGUUGGAGGUUGACUGCCCCUGUGUGACGCCUGAGAUUGUCUUGAAGGCAUCAGGGCAUGUUGAGAAGUUUACUGACCUCAUGGUUAAGGACGAGAAGACAGGCACGUGCUACCGUGCUGAUCACUUGCUGAAAGACUUCUGCAAGGAGAAGCUUGAAAAGGACCUCACCUUGUCCCCAGAGAAGGCUGCUGAGUUUAAGCAUGUCCUUGCUGUGUUGGAUGACCUCUCGCCAGAGGAACUUGGUGCAAAGAUCAAGGAUUAUGGCAUUGUUGCCCCUGAUACAAAGAACCCACUCUCUGAUCCAUACCCAUUCAAUCUUAUGUUCCAGACAUCUAUUGGCCCUACUGGUCUUAGCGUGGGGUACAUGAGACCGGAGACUGCACAGGGUAUUUUUGUCAACUUCAAGGACUUGUACUACUACAAUGGCCAGAAACUCCCGUUUGCAGCUGCUCAAAUUGGUCAAGCAUUCCGUAAUGAGAUCUCUCCACGCCAAGGUCUUCUACGAGUGCGUGAGUUCACAUUGGCCGAGAUUGAGCACUUUGUAGAUCCCGAGGAUAAAUCACAUCCGAAAUUUGCUGACGUUGCUGAUCUGGAGUUUUUGAUGUUUCCGAGAGAGCUGCAACUCUCAGGGGACUCAGCCAAGUUAAUGAAGCUUGCAGAAGCAGUUUCAAAGGGAAUUGUCAAUAAUGAGACACUCGGUUACUUCAUUGGAAGGGUCUAUCUUUUCCUGACGCAAUUGGGAAUUGAUAAGGGCCGAUUGCGCUUCAGGCAGCAUCUACCUAAUGAGAUGGCUCACUAUGCUGCUGACUGCUGGGAUGCAGAGAUUGAGUGCUCUUAUGGAUGGAUAGAGUGUGUGGGCAUUGCAGACAGAUCUGCAUAUGAUUUAAAAGCUCACUCUGAGAAAAGUGGUGUUCCUCUUGUUGCCCAUGAAAAGUUUGCAAAACCUAGAGAAGUCGAGAAACUUGUUAUAGUGCCCUCAAAGAAAGAUCUAGGGCUUGCUUUCAAGGGAAAUCAAAAGAUGGUGGUUGAAGCAUUGGAGGCUAUGAGUGAGAAGGAAGCAAUGGACAUGAAAGCUGCAUUGGAUUCUAAGGGUGAGACGAACUUCCAAGUCUGCACGCUUGGGAAGGAUGUGGUGAUUACCAAGAAAAUGGUAUCGAUCAGUAUGGAGAAGAAGAUGGAGCACCAGCGAGUCUUCACCCCUUCAGUUAUAGAACCUUCAUUUGGCAUAGGGAGGAUAAUCUAUUGUCUGUUUGAACAUUCCUUCUACACAAGACCUAGCAAAUCAGAAGAGGAACAGCUGAAUGUCUUCAGGUUCCCUCCUAUCGUGGCUCCUAUCAAGUGCACCGUGUUCCCACUGGUAAAGAAUCAAGAGUUUGAUGAUGCCGCUAAAGUGCUUGAUAAAGAACUAACAGCCGCAGGCAUCUCACAUAUUAUCGACACAACUGGUAUUUCUAUUGGAAGGAGGUAUGCAAGGACAGAUGAGAUCGGUGUCCCUUUUGCUGUAACAGUCGAUUCUGCAACAGAGGUGACGAUCCGAGAGAGGGACAGCAAACAGCAGGUCCGGGUGGGCAUCGACGAGGUGGCAUCCGUGGUAAAGGAGCUAACAGAAGGCCAGAGCAACUGGGCCGACAUUUCAUUCAAGUAUCCCAGCCAUAUCGGUCCCCAAGGUGACCAGGAGUGAGCUGUCUGGUUGCCAGCCAUAUUGCCGAAAUGCCUGCUUUUCAUCUUCCAGUUGAUUCAACAGGGUAAGCUUCUGUCCUGCCCGAGUUGAUUCAAUAGGGUGAAUGAACAUGGCCGUUACCUGGACUGGUGCUGAUGCAAUUUGGCAAAGGCAGAAUCCUGCAUACAUACAUGCUAGUGCAUGCCUUGGUUACAACAGCACCUAGUGCCCUGGAUGCCCUUACAUUCAAACAUCUUACCUACACAGAACUUAGCAUUUGGAGUUGCUUCUGAGCUAGUACUAUUGUUUUGAGAAUUGUUCACAUGCCAACCAUACAAUGGAAAUUGACAUCUGUUACUUAAAGUUGUUGAAUUUUCAAUCUUUAACCUA